AUGUUCGUCUCACGCUUCCGCUGCUCUUUACGUCCGCUCUCUUCUAUCCCCUCCAUCAGCUUCCCCAUAGCUGUAAGCAGCAGAAGGACAAUGUCUUCUCAACCCGCCUUCUCCUCUUAUCUCGUCACGCCAUCUGAGCUCAACUCGGCAUUGAAGCACAAUGCCAGCAAACUUUCCACAGAACCCCGCAUUGUCCCACUUUGCGCUUCUUGGUUCUUGCCCAACGACGGUCGCAAUGGCUACGAUACCUUUCUUGCACAGCGCAUUCCGCGCGCACGCUUCUUCGACCUCGAUGCCGUCAAAGACAUCCAUUCGCCGUACCCGCACAUGUUACCCACUCCCGAAGAUUUCGCAAUCGCCAUGAGACAUCUUGGUAUACGACGGGAAGAUAGCGUCGUUGUCUAUGAUACAAAGGAAUUGGGCAUCUUCUCUGCGCCGAGAGUGGGCUGGACUUUGCAGGUCUUUGGUCAUCCGAAGGUGCAUGUGCUGAACAACUUCCGCAAGUGGGUUGAGGAUGGCUUUCCAACGGAGAGUGGAGAGCCAAAGGACGUCGAGCCGACUGAGUAUGCGGUGCCAAAGUUGGAAGAGGAGAGAGUCGUCGCUUUUGAAGAAGUGAAGGACAUUGCGAAGGAAUUGGGCAAGGAAGGCGCAGACGAAGUGCAGAUACUGGAUGCCCGUAGUCUUGGGAGAUGGAAGGGCGUUGACCCAGAGCCCAGAGAAGGGCUUUCCUCAGGACAUAUUCCCUACUCCACCUCCGUCCCCAUCACAGACCUCCUCGACCCGAACGACAAGACCCUCCUUCCUGCCUCCGAACUCCAAGCCAUCUUCAAGUCGAAAGGCGUAGAUCCGUCCAAGCCAAUCAUAAACAGCUGUGGAACUGGUGUUACGGCAGCAAUCAUUGAUGCUGCGUUGUCGGAAGCUGGAUUUCCCACAGAGCAGAGACGGUUAUACGACGGCAGUUGGACCGAGUGGGCACAGCGCGUGAAGCCAGGUGAAGGUCUCAUCCGCAAGACGGAGUAA